UCGGGGUGAGUGGGCGAGUCCUUGAUGGAGGGGGUCUCGACGGUGUCACGGGGGAAAUGUUGGGACAGUACGGCUCCAAUGGUGAAGUCGGAGGCAUCAAUGGUGACAUAGAAAUUGCGAGUGGGGUCGGCGAUCUUGAGGACAAGGGCCGUGUUGAUGGUUUGUUUGAGGAAGUCGAAAGCGUGUUGGCGGCGAUCGUUCCAAUUGAAGGGUUCGUCCUUGCGUGUGAGUUCGUGGAGAGGGUAAGAGAUCUCGGAAAAAUUGCGAAUGAACAGGCGGUAAUAGUUGGUAAGGCCGAGGAAGGAACGAAGUUGGAGGAGGGUCUUGGGCGGGGGCUGCUCGACGAGGGCUGUGACCUUCGAGGGGUCCAUACGGAUGCCUUCAACGGAGACAAUGUGGCCAAGGUAUUCGACGCUCGAAGCGGCAAACGUACAUUUGUUGAGCUUGGUGUACAAUUUUUGCUCUCGGAGGAUCGAGAGGACUUGGCGAAUGUGUUGAAGGUGGGACUCGAAGGUGGGGCUAAAGAUGAGGAUGUCAUCAAGGUACACGGCGACACAGACUUCGAGGAGGUCACGGAAGAUGUGGUUCAUGGUGGAUUGGAAUGUGGCGGGGGCAUUGGUGAGUCUGAAAGGCAUUAUGAGGAACUCGUAGUGCCCGAACCGAGAGCGAAAUGCAGUCUUGUGGGUGUCCUCCUCGCGGAUACGGAUCUGGUGGAAACCACUGCGGAGGUCGAUCUUGGUGAAAUAUUUGGCUCCACGGAGGCGAUCAAGAAGUUCAGAUAUCCGGGGGAGUGGGUACUUGUUCUUGAUCGUGAUCCGGUUCAAGGCACGAUAGUAUGUGCACAUGCGGAGUUCCGAGGUACCGUUCUUCUUGAAGGGGGAGGAGCUAAGCGUAAUGAAUCCUUUUUCAAGGAGUUCAUUGAGCUGGCGCUUCAUUUCUUCGGCCUCGGGGACAGAGAGUAGGUACGAAGGGCGGCAAGGAGGAGAAUGGUCGGGCUCGAGAUCAAUGGUGUGGGAUACACCUCGAUCG